GGGUUCAGAGGUUAACACGUGAACAGCAUGGAGAAAACACAGCUUCUCUGAUUAGCGCUUAUUUUACAGUUUACAGCUUAAUAAACUCUUUAUUCAGGUGAUUUUAGUCCCGCCGGGGUUUAAAACACUGCCUGAAGCUUCAGACCCGCUCAGGAGAUUAUUAUAACCCGCCUCUGAACUUUAUACAUAUAUUUAUAGCUUAGCUUAGCCUAGCCUAGCCUAGCCUAGCCCAGCAGCUGAGCAUGGAGAACCCUGGAGAAGACUCUGUGGAGCUUCAUGGGGAUGAGGAGAUCAUCGAAGUGAUCGAUUUAAACGAUACAGAACAGACUCCAGAUGACCUCGCUGAUGAUUUCGAGGAUGUGGAGUUUGCUGAUGCUGAGAACCAAGAUCAGGAUGAUGAGGGCUGGGAGACUGAGGAUGAGAUGGAAGCUGAGCAAGACGACAGCGAGCUCACCUUCUCUAAACACACAGGUUCUGUGUUCUGCAUCAGUCUGGAUCCAGUGACCAAUAAUCUCGCCGUCACCGGAGGUGAAGAUGAUAAGGCUUACGUGUGGAGCGUCGCUGAUGGAGAGGUGCUGUUCGAGUGCACAGGUCAUAAGGACUCGGUUACGUGUGCAGGAUUCAGCUACGACUCAAAGCUGGUGUCCUCGGGGGAUAUGAGUGGUCUCAUCAAAGUGUGGAAAGUUGAAACAAAAGAGGAAAUCUGGUCGUUUGAAGUCGGAGAUCUGGAGUGGCUGCAGUGGCACCCCGCUGCACCAGUACUGCUGGCGGGUACGGCUGAUGGGAACGUGUGGAUGUGGAAGAUGCCGAGUGGAGAGUGUAAGACGUUCCCGGGGCCGAACUGUCAGGCGACGAGCGGAAAAAUCCUCCCUGAUGGGAAGAGAAUGAUGGUGGGGUAUGAGGAUGGAACUCUGCGUCUGUGGGAUCUUAAGCUAGGCCAGAUCAUCCAUCUCAUCAAAGGUCAUGAUGGCCACCAGGGGCCGCUGACUUCCAUGGAGUGCAGCAAAGAUGGAAACCUGGUCCUCACAGGAUCAGUGGAUGGAGAAGCUAAACUCAUCAACACAGCAACAGGCAAAGUAUUGGGAUCGUUCUCAGUUGAGAACAGUGAGGCGAAAAACACAGCGGAUCAGCAGGAUUCCAACUCUGUAGAGUCUGUAGGGUUUUGUAAUGUGUUACCGCUGGUUGCUGUGGCUUAUCUGGAUGGCACUCUAGCCGUAUACGACCUGGGCACACAGAGCCUGAGGCACAGGUGUAAACAUGAGGUUGGUAUUGUUCAUCUACAGUGGGAGGAGGAGUCUGCAGUGGUGGCCACCUGUAAUCUGGGAGGAGCCGUGACUCUCUGGGAUGCUCGUUCUGGAAACAUGGUGUCUGAGUACCGAGGUCACUCAGCAGAAAUCCUGGACUUCGUGUUAAACAGGGAGGGCUCUAUAGCAGUGACUGCAGGCGGAGACCACAAAGCCAAAGUCUUCUGUCUCCAGAGACCCGACCGGUAGGAUCUUCAGCUCCUGCUCCCGUCAGUCCUCUGCUUCUGCUGCUGUAUCAUCAUCAUCAUCAUCAUCAUCAUCUCCUCAGAGAUGGAUCUGAACCUCGGCCUCUUUUUUACUGAUGGACUCCAGCUGCUUCCCACUUCAGAGAACUGAUAUUUUAACACCAUCAAUCAGCUCUGGUGUGAUGCUCGUGUGAAACCACACUUGUGAAACCAUUAAUUUGGACUUGGCUGACGACGGACUGGUCACUGUGAUUAUUCAGAUUAAAAAUAACACACCCGUGAGAUUUAUUACACUGAUGUGAAUAGGUAUCUGUAGUAGGUAUAUGUAGUCUGUAACAUUGCAUUACAGAGAAAAGUCAAUCUGAAUCAGUGUUCCUUUUUAUAUAUAUAUAUAUAUAUAUAUAUAUUAUUUUCAUUUUUUCAGUUCUAGGUUGUAUUUAGUCCUAGGUUGACUCCGCCUCCUUUUGAGCUGCUGCUGAUGCUGUAGCAUUGCAGAGUAGCAUCACAGCGCUAACGUUUGGAGGAAAGUGCAGCGACUCGGUUCUGAUACAUCAGCUCACAGACGCAACCUUGUGUUGAUCCACAUCACCCUAGGAGUGAUGAAGGAGGGGAAAGAGUGCCAUCUACUGCUCUCUACUGUACCCACCCAGAGAAAGCAAGGCUAAUUGUGCUCUCUCAGGGCUCCGGCAGCUGACGGCCAGCUGCAUGACUGGGAUUCGAACCACCAAUUUUUGAUUUUAAAUACAACUGAAUGCUGAAUUAGACAUGAUUAUACAGUCAAUUUUUGCGUAUUACAGCAAGCUGUAUAGCCUUAUAGACUACAGUGGAUGAAAACUGACAUGCCACAUUUCAUGGGAAUGGACAGAAACUAUUAGGAUUAUCGUGCCCCUUUGUCUUUUUAAUUAGAUAUGCAUGCAAUAGGCUCCUGCAUUGCAUGGAGAAAUGAUUUCUGCAAAAGUCACUUGUCUGAUGCUGAUAAUUUGCAAACUAUUACCACCCACUGCACUGUCCACUGUGGGUGGUAAUGGCUGUUAUGACUUUGUGUGGAUGGAGGAAUAUAUUUUAAAAACCAGCACAACUUCAGAAAUUAAAUAAAUGUGUUCCUUUUUAGCUGGAAAAAACCCUGAUAAUUCACUUUGCCCUUUCAUAAGCACACUGAACAGUGUCUCACAGCUGAGUUGCUAGCUCACAAGAUAACAACUCAGCUGUGAGACACUGCCGUCCCAUGACUUUUGGCAUAUCCGUGUAAUUUCUGGUAGUUGAUGAAAGAACCUGUUGCUGUUAUCAUAACCAGUUAUGUUUAUAAUAAAAACAGUUAUUAUUAUCAGAUCAAACAGACCAGCGUCGGCUCAUCGUUUGCGUGCGCAUCCUCCUGUUUGAUCUUCCAAGACACCAGUUUGUAUGUUUUGUUUGAGGAUUAUUUACACUCUUUAUGCAGAAUAAAUACAGUGUGGUGUGAA